AGGUGUGUGCCUGUGUGUGGUGAGGAUGGGAAGGUGUGCGCAAUGCGGAGCCCCGAGUCCUGGCUGAUUGACAGCUUUCAGGGACUUGGUUGUAAACGGAGCGGGGCGACCUUUCUCCAAGCAGUCAUAACGCCAAGUAAAUGAGCAGCAGACCAUUCUGCGCCCAUCAUUGCGAGAGAAAGAGGAAAAAAAAAGGUCAAUUGAACAUCUGAGGGCUGCUCCAUCGGCUUCACUGCCUGUGGAGGGGAGCUUUUGGGGAGGGCUGCUUUUGGGAGAUGGAUGAAAUGGAACCAUUCACUGAGGAUACUGGGAACCACUUGGAAUGUGAGGACUACAUGUUUGUCGAAUCAGAACAUUCUGGCAAAGUUCUGGAAGGGCUCAACAGCCUGCGACUGAACAAUGCUUUCUGUGAUGUCAUUCUGUGUUGCGAUGGUCAGGAAUUCCCAUGUCAUCGCAUUGUGCUUGCCUCCUUCAGUUCCUACUUUAGGGCCAUGUUUUCCACAGAUCUGGUCGAGUCUCGGCAGGAGCGGGUGGCGAUAAAUGGUGUCGAGCCGCAGAUGGUGGGAUUGCUGGUGGUCUAUGCCUACACAGCCCGUGUGCUCAUUACGAGAGCCAAUGUCCAGGCCCUGCUAGCGGCUGCCAACCUUUUAGACAUCAUGUCGGUGCGGGAAGCUUGCUGCAAAUUCAUGGAGCGGCAAAUGGAUGAAACAAACUGUGUGGGCAUCCACUGCUUCGCUGAGGCCCACUCCUGUGUAGAGCUGCAGACCAAGAGUAUGAACUACAUCUUGCAGCAUUUCACUGUGGUUCACAAGCAGGAGGAGUUCCUCUCCCUCUCGACAGAGAAUCUCAUUGAAAUCAUCUCUAGUGAUGACCUGAAUGUCCCCUCUGAGGAAAUGGUCUUUGAGGCAGUUAUGCUCUGGUUGGAAAGGGAUCAUUCAAGAAAACUGAAUUUUGAGAAGAUUUUAGAGCACAUCCGCCUGCCUUUAAUUAGUCCUUAUUACAUCCAUGACACCGUAGAGUCGUUGAAAGUCAUCCAGGAGUCUCUUCCUUGUCAGCGGUUGAUUUCUGAAGCAAAGGACUACCUCUUGUUGCAGGACAGACGUGGGGAACUUCAGAGCUCUCGGACCCGCCCUCGCAGAUCAACAGGUACGACGGAGGUGAUAAUAGCGGUUGGAGGGGAAGAUGAUAAAGUGGUUCUUCGCAGUGUGGAGAGCUUUGAUCCCAUUGGCCGUCAUUGGAAGUGCCUUGCUUAUUUGCCCUUUGCUGUUAGUAAGCAUGGACUUGUUGCAUCAGGUUCUACCCUUUACUUGGCUGGAGGGGAAUUUCCUGAUGGUUCUGCGAGCAAGGAAAUGUGGCGCUAUGAUCCAUGUUUUGAUAUGUGGCAUGAGAUGGCAGCAAUGAACGUGGCACGUUCUGAGCUAGGCCUUGCUAUGUUGGAUGGCUUUGUCUUUGCCGUGGGAGGUUGGGAAGGAUCAUCGAGGCUGGAUUCCGUGGAAUGUUACAAUCCUCACACAAACACCUGGCACUUCCUGGAGUCCAUGAAGAUGGCAGUGACAAGUCCAGCUGUGGUGGCACUCCAUGGGCUCUUGUAUGUAGCAGGGGGAGCUGUCUUGGAAGAUGGUGAUGGGAUGGAUCUGGUUCAGGUGUACAAUCCCAAAAUUGACUCCUGGUUUGAGGUGGCUCCAAUGCAGAUUCCACGUUCUGGUUCUGCUGCCUGUGUCCUCCAAGGAAAGAUUUAUGUCAUUGGUGGCUGGCAUGCCUCCACAGAGAACACUGACAAAGUGGAGCAGUAUGACCCCAAGACCAAUACGUGGAAGAUGUGUGCCCCCAUGAACGAGAGACGCUAUCGACCAGGGGUGGCUGUGAUUGACAGUAAAAUCUAUGUGCUAGGAGGAGAGGAAGGUUGGGAUCGAUACCAUGACACCAUUGAGCAGUACAAUGAAGAAACCGGCAAAUGGGAAAUCUUUGGAGAAAUGCUCACAAGUCGCAGUUGGUUAAGCUGUGUCUCAGUGAAGAUGCAUGGCCCAGCCACACAGAUCAAAAACAUUGUAUGAACUGAUGUGAACAUUUUCUAUCUUGUGUACUCUGUAUUAUGUGCCAUUGUCACCUGCAAUUUUCCAGGUUAAGAGUGUGUGAAAUAUUCUUAGGGACUCCUGAUUCCACUGGUGCAAGCUUAGAGAAGCAUGUUGAGACUAAUUUUUAACAUUGUAGCCCAGGUAGUAUCCUGAUGGGGAGAGAGAGAUACAAUUCCUUUAGGAAACCUGUUGAGAUUUUGUUACAACCAUGUCAAUGGGGUGAGGACAAUGGGAGCUAGUCUGUUUCUCCAAAUUGCUGUCCAUGUGGUAAGUGGAAUGUUCCUCCUGAUAACCAAAUAAACCUCCGAAAUAAUCCUUUAAUUUUGACUGUCUUGAAGAGCUAAUAACAGCUUCGUGGCAGUGGUGCUAACUCUCUGGUUUUUAAGUCUGACUCUGCAAACAAUUUUUUUUAAAAAAGCAAAUUAUUCAUUUUGGUGCAAGAGCUGUUCCAGAACAGGAGCGUUUGUUCCAAUUGUUUAUUUUUCACACAUCUCAGGUAAUGGUAUCUGUCCCUGCUGAUUACUCUUUUGUAUUGAGAUUUUUGUUCCAAUUCAUGUAUCCUGUUCCUUAUCAAAUUCAAAUCCCAAGAGAACUGUGAUUGAGCAGCAGAUUCAUUAACUGUUUUGAAGGACUUUGUACAAACUUCCUUCCAUUUUACAAUGAGUUUGGAUUUCUGUUGUAUCGAAAGAGUUGAGCUUUCAUGUUCAAAACAGUCAAUGCACAUACUUAAUCCUUCCUACAGAGCUUUAUCUUUGUACCCUGCAAGUAGCAAUAAAAUGCAGGGAACGAAAUACUGCUUCUGUGCUCCAAUUGCUACAAAUUUACAACUUGGUGUUAAAAUCUCACCACUUGUUCAAAGGAACUGUUAAACAUGUUCUCACUUUAGGAAAGGCUUCACACACUCAGAUGCAAAUUUGGAAAUUUUGUUGAUCACAACUUAGGUUGGUUUUCCUGCACUCUACUGAAACCUUAAGUCUCAAGACAUAUUUCACUAUCCAUUGCAAGAUGUGUGCAGUAAGUAUUACUGCAAAUAUUGAAGAUAAAAUUUGACCAAACCUAACCUUCCAAAAGCUUCAGGUAUUGUUGUACUUAAAGACAGUAAUCUCACAUGAUGCAAUGAAGGUAUUGUAGCUAUGAGUAUAACCCUAUGGGUUUUUUAAAAAAAUUGCCCAUGUACAAAUGCUUU